AUGCAUCCGCUUGACGAUGAUGACAACGUGAUCUGUCAGCUUGUAUUCUCCACUUCACUCGCGCGAAAGCGCGUGGCUGGACAAUAUCGAGCAGCGAAUGCAAAGACGAGAGUUCUCGCAGGGACGGAUCGUAUUCAUGGAGGCUCAUCAUGCAGAUCAAAUAGCAGAGAUAACACUGAAAGAUCAAACAUGAUUGCCGAUAAGUACGAGAACAGUAGCGCAAGGCCUAGACAAUAUGCGCCAGACUGUCGUGAGAAAUGUCAAAUGCACGCGGUGUCGGCAUGA